CGCCUUUCUCCGGGAGACCGAGGGCUAGAAGGGUGGAUCCCAAGAGGCUCCUACCCCCCCUAAGCUCGGUUUCUCAGCCUGAUUGGCUUGUCCAGGUGCCUGUCACUACCGCUUUCACCGUUGACUGGCCAUCAGACCGCCGCUCUACGCGGCGCCGGUUCCGCCCCCGACGGGUGUUUGUGGUGGGGCUGCGGAGUCGCCGAUCCCGCCGGAAGCGCCAGGACAAUGGGGACCCGGGACGACGAGUACGAUUACCUAUUCAAAGUGGUGCUUAUUGGGGACUCAGGUGUAGGUAAGAGCAACCUGCUGUCACGCUUCACCAGAAACGAAUUCAACCUAGAGAGCAAGAGUACCAUCGGAGUGGAGUUCGCCACGCGCAGCAUUCAGGUGGACGGCAAGACCAUCAAGGCUCAGAUCUGGGAUACUGCUGGCCAGGAGCGCUACCGUGCCAUUACCUCUGCGUACUACCGUGGUGCAGUGGGUGCAUUGCUGGUAUAUGACAUUGCCAAGCACUUGACAUAUGAAAACGUGGAGCGCUGGCUGAAGGAGCUGCGGGAUCAUGCAGAUAGCAACAUUGUCAUCAUGCUGGUGGGCAACAAGAGUGACCUGCGCCACCUUCGGGCUGUGCCCACUGAUGAGGCCCGUGCCUUUGCAGAAAAGAACAACUUGUCCUUCAUUGAGACCUCAGCCUUGGAUUCCACCAAUGUAGAGGAAGCAUUCAAGAACAUUCUCACAGAAAUCUACCGUAUUGUGUCACAGAAGCAAAUCGCUGACCGUGCAGCCCAUGAUGAGUCCCCUGGCAACAAUGUGGUGGACAUCAGUGUGCCACCCACCACCGAUGGACAGAAACCCAAUAAGCUGCAGUGCUGCCAGAACCUGUGACUGCCCUGCACUUUCACCCAGCGGGCGUGCACGUCCUCGAUCCUUGGCCAGCCCUUCACCAGUGUCCUCCCGGCCCCUCCCUUGUCCCCCUCUAGGACAGGCUGCUCCCACCCUCCAAGUGAGCUCUGCCUACCAGCCCAAUGACCCAGGAAGAGCAGGAAUCCAGUGACCUCUCCUGUCCUGCCUGCUCAAGAGAAGCUAACAGCCCCUUGCUUAUAUACCUGCUCUUGGAUGUUGUGGGCAUCUUGACAGGGCAGGGAGGCUGGUAGGAUGGACAGGGCCAGCCAGAGGUGAGGAAGAUGAGUGUAAGGAGCCUACUUCUCCUGUUUUCCAGACUCCAGGGAUUGAUACCUCCUUCCCUCUCUGGCCAGUUGACCCAGCUGGCCCUGUAUCCUCAUCCCAAACCCUCUCUGAGCUGAUGCCUGAAGAGCCAGGCAUCAGAGGCUGAGCAGGUGGACAUUCUGGGCUCUACCUCCUGCCUACACCACCAUAGCCAGUGCCAGCACGGCCUCCAGCAUUCCCAGGCCUGCACACUCCUGCUCCUGCCUGUAGAUUUAUGCUGGGAGAAGACACCCUUGCCCCCUCUCCUUCCUCCUCUGCACGCAGCGCUCUCCUCUGCCCAUCCCCACUUCUCUGUCUCGUCUCCUUGUCUGGUCAGGAACUUGUCUGCAAGUGAAGCAAUAUCUUCGUGUUUUGUAUAUACAACUGCUCUUGUAGCCUUUGGUUUUUGUUAUUGUAGAGAAACAGAUUCUUUAUACACUUUGUAAAAUUUACGCCAAACCCCAGCUCUCGAACUCUUAUUCUCCCUGUAGCCCUUGCACUGUUGCCCAUUACUAAAAUGUAUAAGCCACUUCUGUACAGAAACC